GCGCGCCGGGAACCUGAGAGCGCGCCUGGUCAGUAGGGAAAUGCCGUCUACACGGUGCUCGGUAAAACUUUGAAAAGAAACGAGAGUGAACGAAGAAGUUUUGUGGACACGCUUUGACAGUCAUUUCAACAUGGGUUUACUUCUAUAAUGGGCGGAGUAGAGAACCCAUCUGAGACAGCUAUAUUACAGAUGGUAACCACGCCAUCGUCCCCAUCUAUGCCUGCUGGCAUGGCCCUGUUCAAGCAGCAGACAGUGGAAGAUUUCUACGACAUCGGAGAAGAAUUAGGAAGCGGUCAGUUUGCCAUCGUGAAGCGUUGCUGGGAGAAGAGCACCGGUCUGGAGUUCGCUGCUAAGUUCAUCAAGAAACGUCAGAGCAGAUCCAGCCGGCGGGGGGUCAGGAGGGAGGAGAUAGAGAGAGAGGUCAACAUCCUACAGCAGACACAACACCCCAACAUAGUCACCUUCCACGACGUCUACGAGAACCGUACUGACGUGGUGCUCAUCCUGGAGCUGGUGUCAGGGGGAGAGCUGUUUGACUUCCUGGCCCAGAAGGAGUCUCUGAGUGAAGAGGAGGCGACUCAGUUUAUCAAACAGAUUCUGGAGGGGGUCCACUACCUCCACUCUAGGAAGAUAGCACACUUUGACCUCAAGCCUGAAAACAUCAUGCUGUUGGAGAAGAACGUGCCCUUGCCGAGGAUCAAACUAAUCGACUUCGGACUCGCUCACAAAAUCGAGGCGGGGGCAGAGUUUAAAAACAUUUUUGGGACUCCUGAAUUUGUGGCCCCAGAGAUAGUGAACUACGAACCACUGGGACUGGAGGCAGAUAUGUGGAGUAUAGGAGUCAUCACCUACAUCCUGCUGAGUGGAGCGUCUCCCUUCCUGGGAGAGACUAAACAAGACACGCUGGCCAACAUCUCAGCCAUGAACUACGAGUUUGACGAGGAGUUCUUCUGUAGAACCAGUGAACUGGCCAAAAGCUUCAUACGGCAGCUACUGGAGAGGGACAAGAUGAAGAGAUUAACUAUUCAAGACGCCCUCAACCAUCCCUGGAUCAAGUCUAAUGAGUACAAGGAGGAGACCCCCAGCACCAAGACGCCGGACCAAACCAAGACCCCCAAGAAGCGCGAGCGCCGCCAGCUGAAGACCAAACGGCUCAAGGAGUACACCAUGAAGUCUCACUCCUCCAUGCCCCCCAACAACACCUAUGUGAACUUCGAACGCUUCGCCCAGGUCGUGGAGGACAUCGGCCAGAUGGAGGGCUCCUUCUCUAGGCUAGCCUCGACCCACGACUCCCUGCAGGAGGACAUCGACGCCUUGGUCUCCGUCUACAACCACAAGGAGUCCUGGUACAAGGAGGAGAGCGAGGGGGUCCGUCACCAGCUGUCUCAGAUCCGCUAUGAGUUCCGUAAAGUGGAGGCCAUGAAGAGAAGCCUGCAGGAUGAGAUGAAGUUGGUGGAUGAUAGCGUCAGUGACGUCAGCGCCCGCUACCGGGAGAGGAAGAGCCGCUUUGACGCCCUGAGACAGGAGCUGAGCGACGACCUGAAGUGGGUUCAGGACGUGGUGGGGUCGUUAGGGGUCACGGACGGGGUCGGUGGGGUCGGAGGAGGGGGGUACCUCAACUGCAACUUCUCCACUGUGUUUAAUAAUGACGUGAAUGAGGCACUGAAGGAAAUGCUUAACAGAAGCUGUGGAGGAGAUCUGCUGUCUGGGAUCAGCCUGAACCUCACUGAGUCUGGACUGAAGAGAUAGUAUGGUAUAGUACCGUAGAGUAUAUUAUAGUAUAGUAUAGUACAAUAGAGAAUCAACCUGGACCGACUGAGUCUGGACUGAAGAGAUAGUAUAGAUCUGCUGUCUGGGAUUAGCCUGCAGUAGAGUACAGUAUCAACCUGGGCCUGACUGAGUCUGGACAGUAGAGAUAACAGCAGUUACAGUAGAGUAUCAACCUGGACCUGACUGAGUCUGGACAGUAGAGAUAACAGCAGUUACAGUAGAGUAUCAACCUGGACCUGACUGAGUCUGGACAGUAGAGAUAACAGCAGUUACAGUAGAGUACCAACCUGGACCUGACUGAGUCUGGACAGUAGAGAUAACAGCAGUUACAGUAGAGUACCAACCUGGACCUGACUGAGUCUGGACAGUAGAGAUUACAGCAGUUACAGUAGAGUAUCAACCUGGACCUGACUGAGUCUGGACAGUAGAGAUAACAGCAGUUACAGUAGAGUAUCAACCUGGACCUGACUGAGUCUGGACAGUAGAGAUAACAGCAGUUACAAUAGAGUAUCAACCUGGAUCUGACUGAGUCUGGACAGUAGAGAUAACAGCAGUUACUGUAGAGUAUCAACCUGGACCUGACUGGGUCUGGACAGUAUAGUACAGUACAGUAGAGUACCAACCUGGACCUGACUGAGUCUGGACAGUAGAGAUAACAGCAGUUAAAGUAGCCCAGAGUCAGUAACCGAAACAGGAAGUAGAGGACACUGGAAGUCAUCUCUGUGGAAUAUUAUAUCUCUAGUUUGUUCUCCUUGUGAUACGUUAGUAGUAUUGUUGUGAUUAGCUCAAAUAAAAAGUCAAAGUAUUUACAAUGCUUCUUUUUGUGUUUUACAAAGAAUGAUGUAAGAGGCUUGAUAGGUUUUGAGGUUUUAUAUUUAAAGUCUGCAACUUUUAAGAGGCUUGUUUGUUUUUCAUAGCUCAAAGCCAACUGUUGUGUGUGUGUGUCUGUGUGUGUCUGUGUGUGUGUGUCUGUGUGUGUCUGUGUGUGUCUGUGUGUGUGUGUGUGUGUGUGUGUGUACUGUCUCAGCCAAACACAAUAAUACACUGGUCCUUUUAGUCCUAGUCUGGUCCUUUUAGUCCUAGUCUGGUCCUUUUAGUCCUAGUCUGGUCCUUUUAGUCCUAGUCUGGUCCUUUUAGUCCUAGUCCGGUCCUUUUAGUCCUAGUCUGGUUUUAGUCCUAGUCUGGCCCUUUUAGACCUAGUCUGGUCCUUUUAGUCCUAGUCUGGUCCUUUUAGUCCUAGUCUGGUUUUAGUCCUAGUCUGGUCCUUUUUCGUCCUAGUCUGGUCCUUUUAGUCAUAGUCUGGUCCUUUUAGUCCUAGUCUGGUCCUUUUAGUCCUAGUCUGGCCCUUUUAGUCCUAGUCUGGCCCUUUUAGUCCUAGUCUGGUCCUUUUAGUCCUAGUCUGGUCCUUUUUAGUCCUAGUCUGGUCCUUUUAGUCCUAGUCUGGUCCUUUUAGUCCUAGUCUGGUUUUAGUCCUAGUCUGGUCCUUUUAGUCCUAGUCUGGUUUUAGUCCUAGUCUGGUUUUAGUCCUAGUCUGGUCCUUUUUAGUCCUAGUCUGGUCCCUUUUAGUCCUAGUCUGGUCCCUUUUAGUCCUAGUCUGGUCCCUUUUAGUCCUAGUCCGGUUUUAGUCCUAGUCCGGUUUUAGUCCUAGUCUGGCCCUUUUAGUCCUAGUCUGGUUUUAGUCCUAGUCUGGUCCAUUUUAGUCCUAGUCUGGUCCUUUUAGCCCUAGUCUGGUUUUAGUCAUAGUCUGGUCCUUUUAAACCUAGUCUGGUCCUUUUAGUCCUAGUCUGGUACCUUUUAGUCCUAGUCUGGUACCUUUUAGUCCUAGUCUGGUCCUUUUUGUCCUAGUCUGGUCCCUUUUAGUCCUAGUCUGGUCCCUUUUAGUCCUAGUCUGGUCCCUUUUAGACCUAGUCUGGUCCUUUUAGUCCUAGUCUGGUCCUUUUAGUCCUAGUCUGGUCCUUUUAGUCCUAGUCUGGUCCUUUUUAGUCCUAGUCUGGUCCUUUUAGUCCUAGUCUGGUCCUUUUAGUCCUAGUCUGGUUUUAGCCCUAGUCUGGUUUUAGUCCUAGUCUGGUCCUUUUAAACCUAGUCUGGUCCUUUUAGUCCUAGUCUGGUCCCUUUUAGUCCUAGUCUGGUCCCUUUUAGUCCUAGUCUGGUCCCUUUUUGUCCUAGUCUGGUCCUUUUUGUCCUACUCUGGUCCUUUUUGUCCUAGUCUGGUCCCUUUUAGUCCUAGUCUGGUCCCUUUUAGUCCUAGUCUGGUCCCUUUUAGUCCUAGUCUGGUCCCUUUUAGUCCUAGUCUGGUCCUUUUAGUCCUAGUCUGAUCCUUUUAGUCCUAGUCUGAUCCUUUUAGUCCUAGUCUGGUUCCUUUUAGUCCUAGUCUGGUCCCUUUAGUCCUAGUCUGGUCCCUUUAGUCCUAGUCUGGUCCCUUUUAGUCCUAGUCUGGUCCCUUUUAGUCCUAGUCUGGUCCCUUUUAGUCCUAGUCUGGUUUUAGUCCUAGCCUGGUCCCUUUUAGACCUAGUCUGGUCCUUUUAGUCCUAGUCUGGUCCUUUUAGUCCUAGUCUGGUUCCUUUUAGUCCUAGUCUGGUUCCUUUUAGUCCUAGUCUGGUCCCUUUAGUCCUAGUCUGGUCCCUUUAGUCCUAGUCUGGUCCCUUUUAGUCCUAGUCUGGUCCCUUUUAGUCCUAGUCUGGUCCCUUUUAGUCCUAGUCUGGUCCCUUUUAGUCCUAGUCUGGUCCCUUCUAGUCCU